UAACGCCGUUGAAACCAAAGGAAACCAUUCAUUCAUUAUUAAACCACUAGUAAUAGUCAAGAUAGUUCAGUUUCAAUGAACCCCACUCGCAAAUUACUGUGCUUUUUUCUUUUUCCUUAGGCUAAUUCUCCUUCGAGUUUCGCUUUUUCAUGCUCCACAAUGAAGGGAGGAAGAAUCAAUUUGGAGGCACCGAACGAUUCUGCAACUUUUUCUGCUGCUGCUGAUGUUCUUGCUGUUGCUCCUAACAAUGGAGGUGAUGACCCGUUAACUCCUUCUGUUGUAAACGAUCAGACUCAGUUUCACAUUUUGGAAGGAGACGAAGCUCAAGGGCAAGUUUCAGAAGAAGCUGAGGCUGAUGAGGAAGACGAAGAAGUUGGGGAUCAAGUGUCCCAAGAGGUUGUUCGUCCUAAGCUUGAUGAGGGAUACUUUGAAAUCGAAGCAAUACGUCGUAGGAGGGUUCGUAAGGGUCAGCUUGAGUACCUUAUAAAAUGGCGCGAUUGGCCCGAGACAGCGAACACUUGGGAGCCCCCAGAAAAUUUACAGUCAGUUCCCGAUGUUGUUGAAGCUUUUGAAGUGAGUUUGAGAUCAGGAAAGCAUCGAAAGAGGAAGCGCAAGCAUGCAGUUCAUCACACUCUACCCAAGAAAAGGCAGCAUCGUUCAACCACUUCUUAUAGCCUUAGACAGUUUUCAGCAAAGAGUGUAGCUGACAACCAUUGUCAAUCUGCUCCCACCAAUGAUCCUAGUCUAACUGAUCUUCCUGCUCAUCCUCAACCUGUGAUUUUUGCUGAUGAAGUUGAAGAAAAUGGCAAUGGUGGCAGUUUUGGAAACGCUGGACCAGCUGAUGAAAAUUGGGGCCUAAAUGUUUCAAAACUUAGGGUUGAAAGGGAAAGUGAUUAUGAUCCUAAGCUUACCGAGCUUAAAGCUACAUCAUCAUUCAUGACAGCCAAUGGGAUCAAUUCAAAUAAGCUUGCAAUACAUAUCCAGGAAGCCAAUGCUUCAAUAGGCAAUGCUCAAAUGAAUGGUCAAUCUAAGGUGGAUUGCAUGGGAUUGAAUCAAGGUGGCCGUUGCAGAGGAGCCAAGAGGAGAAAAUCUGGUUCUGUGAAGAGGUUCAAGAAAGACUCAGAUGAUACUCAAAAUCAAGCAAUCAUAGUUGAACAAGCAUGGUCAGAAAUUACUGGUUUUGGGGGAAAUAAUAGUCACAAGAUGGGUGAUGCUAAAACAUCCUGUAAUAUUGUCAAGAUUAUAAAGCCGCUAAGCUAUUCAGCUUCUGUAUCCAGCGAAAUACCAGAUAUUAUAGUGAACUUUUUGGCCAUGAGGUCUGAUGGAACAGAAGUUGAGGUGGAUAACAAAUAUCUCAAGGCAGACAAUCCACUUCUGCUGAUCAACUUCUAUGAACAACGUCUCCGGUUCAAUCCGGCCUUUUGAUCAGACAGGUUUAAUGAAGGAUUUGUCUUUUGAAGUCAAAUCUUCGUGUGUGUUAAGUUAGUAGUCUAGAAUGUUGACUUUUGUAGUUAGAUCAUAGUGUGUUCAUUGUUAGUGGUAAUGUAUAACAUUUGUAGAUCUAACAUGAUAGUGCUGUACAAGUGACCAAAACUUGUGUUCUAUGUGAUUGGCAUUUUCUGGA